CUUGGUUGCAAUAUGUCUCCAAAGAUCCAUUUCCUUCCUUCCCAUCUCGAUUUCUUCCCUGACAACUGUGGUAUGUUUAGCGAUGAGCACGGCGAACAUUUUCAUCUAGAUAUCACAGGACUGGAACACAGA